AUGGCCAUUCUCUCUUCAGGGCUGUUCCAAGCCACGGCUGCCGCACUGCUGCUGGCAUUAGGAAUAUAUAAGUUCAUCAUAUACCCGGCCUUCCUCUCACCACUGGCCAAGAUCCCAAAUGCACACUUUACCUCCCCGCUCUCCCCUCUCUGGAUCCUCUGGCGGAGGUUUCGAAUGACGGGAAAUAGGACGAUCCAUGCCGCUCAUAUGAAGCAUGGGCCCAUCGUCCGCUUGGGGCCGUCAGAAGUAUCAAUAAACUGCUACGAAGGUGGCCUCCGGACAGUAUACACGGGUGGAUAUGAGAAACAUGACUGGUAUCCACGCCUAUUUGGUUCUUUUGGAACUAUUAGCAUGUUCUCGAUGGUUGGGAGCAAGGAACACUCGAUUCGAAAGCGUAUGCUUGCAAAUAUAUACUCCAAGUCGUACCUGCAAGCAUCACCCCAGUUGAAAGCAGUCACCGAAGCUAUACUCUUCGAUCGACUAUUCCCAGUACUCGAGGCAUAUGCAAACUCGGGGUCUUCUGUCGAAGUCCACGAACUGAACAAUGCCAUAGCUUUGGAUUUCAUUACCGCCUAUAUUUUUGGAUUGCCGGCUGCAUCAAAUUUCAUCCAGAACCCCUUGCCACGGAAGGAGUGGCUCUCCAUAUAUCACAGUCGCAAGGAAUUCGAAUUCUAUAUCCAAGAAACGCCAGAGCUACUUUCCUGGUCCUACAAACUGGGAUUUCCUCUAAUCCCUAAAUGGUGUGAUGGCGCAAAUGAAUUCAUGGAGAAAUGGGGGUUCGAUAGGUUAGACAAGGCAGAAGAAAACAUCUCUUCUUCAGAUGCCGUUGCCGAACCAGUUGUAUACAGACAGCUCAAGCAAGCACUCGAAAAGCACUUUGCUACCAAUCCUGACCCUAAGGAUGCUACCCAGAAAAUACGGCUUGAGCUUGCGUGUGAGACAUUCGAUCAUCUCACUGCCGGACACGAAACAAGUGGCAUAACCCUGACAUAUCUGUUCUGGGAGCUCUCGAAAAAUCAAGAUAUUCAGGAGAAGCUGAGAGAGGAGCUGCAAACGCUCACACCCAACAUUACACCCGCAUAUAAGGAUGGUAGUUCAGAACUACCUUCUCACAAGUCAAUUGACGCUCUGCCCCUUUUGGAUGCGGUAAUCAUGGAAACAUUGCGGCUCCAUCCGCCAAUUCCAGGGAUUCAACCUCGAUUGACUCCCGCAGACGCUUCUUUGGUAGGAUACCAUAAUUUGCCGCCGAACACGCGAGUUAAUGCCCAGGCAUACUCUCUUCACAAGAACGAAGACGUCUUCGUAAAUGCGGAUAUCUGGCUCCCGGAGAGGUGGAUUGCCCCUGCUAACUCUUCAGAGCUGGACGAGAUGAAACGUUGGUUCUGGGCCUUUGGUAGCGGAGGUCGAAUGUGUAUUGGAAGCCAUUUUGCUUUACAAGAAAUCAAACUGGUCGUUGCUGCACUUUAUACAAAUUACUCUACUUCCGUUGUGGAGGAUAAGGGAAUGGAGCCAAUUGAUGCGUAUACUACUCGCCCAACGGGGAACAAGCUGACACUUAAAUUCGGCCGGGCGUGA